UAUUCUCUGCUUUCCCCUUCAGCUUUCCGGAGCUGAAAUACUGCAACAGGAGUCUUACGUGCUAAUAAGAUUUCUGUCAUUGCUGCCGUCUCUUGAUACUUGCACCUAAAGUGUCCUGCUGAAGGACUUCAGGACAUCCAGGAGUUGGAAGAUGAAGCAGAAGUGAUAAAGUGAAGAGUCUUGCGUAAGAGGUGCCAGAGUCUGAGGUAGGGACCAUGUCUAUCACUGACCACAGCCCCACCACUGGCGUGGUGACCGUCAUCGUCAUCCUCAUUGCUAUUGCGGCUCUUGGUGCCUUGAUCCUGGGCUGUUGGUGUUACCUGCGUCUGCAGCGGAUCAGCCAGUCUGAGGAUGAGGAAAGCAUCGUGGGAGAAGGAGAAACCAAAGAGCCCUUCCUUCUGGUGCAGUACUCCGCUAAAGGACCUUGUGUGGAGAGAAAAGCUAAGCUAACUCCAAACAGCACAGAAGUGCAUAGCUAACUUGGAGCAACCCCUGUAUAUAGACUAAGCUUAGGAUGCGUGUAACCAGCAGCAGAAUCUCCUGUACUGUGAAGAAAUUGGUCAUAUGCGCACUGCUCAUCAGAAGACACCAUGAUGAGGCUUAAAUAAACUUUGUUUGCAACUGCAUGCACUGGAAGCUGCACUUUCCAUCAGCUGUAUUUCCUGUGGCGUCCAGGAUAGGAGCUGACAUACGUGGCAUGAAGUCCAUUGCGGGCAAUGGACGGGGAUACCUUGGUGUGAAGACUAACAGCAUUUUUCUUACUUGAAUGUUUAGCUGAACUACUACUACUGCAAUGUGAACUUCUUUACAACUGUGAACUGUAAAUAGCCUGCCAGGACCUUUUGCUUUGUAUGCCUCAGCGUAUGGGACUAGCAUGAUAUGACUGUACUCAGCACCGAGGGGGACUCCACUCAGCAGAACCAACACUGCACUUAAAGCUUGGGUCUGCUCUUUUCACAAUACUUUCAAAGAAAGGCAGGUAUAACCUGUCUGUGGCAUCCUGAAGGAAGCACGAGGCCUCCAAGAAAGAAUGGUUUUGCUUUAGUUGCAGCUAAGUAGGUUGGGCUUUUUGGUUGCUUGAACUGAGUUCUCCAAUCAUGUAGCUACUGCAAGGAAACUGCCGUGUUCAGCUUCCAACCUAGGAACUAAUGAUGGACACCUAACCCUCAGGGACAGUCCAGAAGGUUCCAGGAGCUGGACGUGGCAGUAGAGCAGGCUUUUCCCCAUCUCAAUGUCUGCAUGGUAAAACUGCAGAAGUGGUUACUUAGUAAAAGUGGCAUAAAAGCAGCUACUAUGAAGUUCUAAAGUCCUCUUUGUGUAUUUAGCAGUUAGGGUAUGUGUAAACAAGGAGUCUAUUUUAGAAAACAAUACACUUUAGAUGAAAGAUGAACUUUMAACUAUAUAGUAGUUAAUACAUCUUGUAGAUAACUCUCUUGGUUUAGCUGUGUUACUGCAAGAUACAAGUCCUUCCUGAGAGAACUUGUGUUUUUAAGCUAGCACCAGGGAAGUACUUUCAAAUAAGGACACCUGAUUUCCUGCUUUGAGCUGAGACUGAACUACGGAAACUGUAGAAAGACAGAUUUAGUAAGUUCUAGACCCCAAUUAAAAAGCUCAAAAGCUGYGUGGAUGUGAUCCUGAGCAACGUGCUCUAGGCAAGCCUGCUUGUGCAGGGGUCUUCGACUAGAUGAUCUCCUUCCAACCUUAACCUUUCUGUGACAGUGCUUGGGGGGUUGGAAGCAAGGACUGCCCCUGAAAGACCAAAGGCAGAUUCUAUGAUCCAGACCGCUUGGGAAAGGCAGCUCUGCUCUGAGUGUGGCCUAGCCUUGCCCUGGCCACCAAAUCGCUUGCUGUGUUGAUGAACCUAGCUUCUUGGUGCCUGAUGUAAAGCUUCAAGCACUUCGCUACUUAGCAAGCAGCUCUACCACAGGCUCUCUUUCUUCUGAGAUAARUUGAAGUCCUGCUCAAGCCCAGCAGAUUAGAUCCUGUUCCCUCUAUGGGCAGAGUAACUAAGCAACCUCCUAGAGAGCUCCCUGAAACGCGGUGAGCAGGAGUCGUGGCAGCAGCCUCAGCCCUUUUCUCUGAAAUAAAAUGCUCACUUGCAUUCUUAGGGCUGUAUUUUUUUAAAGGUGAGACUAAUUUGAAGCAAAAUUAAUACUGGCACUAAGCGAAAAGCUCCCAGAGUUGCCUCCUGUCUGCGAUACAGCUGGCAGCUGGCUGUCUUUGCUCUGUUGCAUAAGCACUUCCAUGA